GGGGUGGUGCUGGGGCUGCUGGCGGUGCUGGGAGUCUGUGGGGCUCGUGGAGAGGAGACCACAGGGUUUUUCCAGGAGUUGGCUAAAGCUGAGUGCCACUACCUCAAUGGCACCGAGAGGGUGAGACUUCUUAUUUGGUUCAUCUACAAUGGGCAGCGGUGGCUGCACUUCGACAGCGACGUGGGGGUCUACGUGGCCGACAUCCCCCUGGGUGAGCCAACUGCCAGAUACUGGAACAGCCAAACAGACUUCAUUGAGCAGAACCGGGCUGAGGUGGACACGUUCUGCCGGCACAACUAUGGGGUGGYGAGCCCUUUCACUGUGGAGAGGAGAGUUCAGCCCAAGGUGAUGGUCUCCCCCAUGCAGUCGGGCUCGCUGCCCCAAACGGACAGGCUGGUCUGCUACGUGACGGGGUUUUACCCACCGGAGAUCGAGGUGAAGUGGUUCAAGAACGGGCGGGAGGAGACGGAGCGUGUGGUGGCCACGGACGUGAUCCAGAACGGAGACUGGACCUACCAAGUGCUGGUGAUGCUGGAGACCAGCCCGCAGGCCGGGGACACCUACACCUGCCACGUGGAGCACGUGAGCCUGGAGCGCCCGCUCACRCACRMYUGGGGGGCCCAGUCGGACACGGGCCGGAGCAAGAUGCUCACGGGAGUGGGCGGGCUGGUGCUGGGGCUCAUCUUCCUGGCGCUGGGGCUCUUCCUCUACCUGCGCAGCAAGAAGGGACGCGCCGUUCCGCAGCCCGCAGGGCUCCUGAACUAGCUGUGGUGCGUGGGCUUCACGGCCACCCCGCCUCCACGUCCAGCAAUUCCCAGCCUCCUCCCGGGCCCGCGCCCGCCCGCUCCGCCCGCCGCUGCCCCGUCCUGGAGCCGCCUGUUCCCUGUGAUGCCCCCGACGUGCCCCCGUCCCGGCUCGACCUGCUCGCCGCUCCCCGGCCCUGGCAGUGCCCUGUGCCCCGGCGAGGGGCCCUCCCAAGCCCCUUGACUGUUCCGGCUCUUCCUAAUAAAG